GGGUUGAGCAUCAUGAUGGCAAAAAGAAAUUCCUCCCUAGUCACAACAUUUGCCUUCCUUUCAUGUGGAUACCUUUGUAGCUCCUACCAAGAGGUUAAAUCUGUUGUGUUGCGUACGCUGAAUCGAGCCAGGUUAAAUGUGGCUAUAGAUUCCUUCCUUAAGACAGGGAGAGUUCCAACACUGGAGGAGGGAAAUAGGAUGGAAAAAAUAUUCAGUUUUCCCUGGUCAAAAGAGAGGCCUAUUGUUCUCGAUAUGCAACAUGUAUAUAACAGCACUUGAUGCACAUUUUUUGGCGACUAAAAUUCAAAUUUGUCG